UUUGGCACAACAGUGAUUAAGGCAACCGGGGGAGGGGACAGCAGCUCAGCCAAUGGCUGCACUGCCUUGGCCCGAGGCCGUGGAGGCGGCUGGGGGAUGCCAGGCUUGGCCAUGGGGCCCGAGAACCGUGCAGCACUCCUGCACGUAUGCGGGGCCAGUGUUCUGUGCCUGGCCGUGGUGGCCACUGGUGGCCUGGACAGGGUGGCUAUGGAGGUGGGGUACAGGCACUUCGCAGAGCCCCCUGUGCCCUAGCUGUCCCCCACCCUGGCCAUGCCCUGCAACUGGCUGGUGAACCUGGGCUAGUGGCGCUGGUUCCCCUGGGCUGGCUGCGGGCACCGCCGCUACCUGCAGGCCGUCUUUGCCCUGACCUACGCCCCCGUCCAGUGGGCCUGGCUCUGGACCCAGCACCCAUGGGCGGCUGUGCUGAACCGGGUCACACUGCCCAUCUUCGCCUGGGCUGGAUUCUGGUGCCAUUGCCUGGCACGGGGCUGGCAGCACGGCCAGGGGGCCUCGCUGCUGAGCUACAGGCUGGCGGUGGUCCACGCCCGUGGCUUCGAGGUGGCCCUGGCAGCCCACGGCAGGCGCAGUGGUACCGGGGGCUCGGCCUGGACCACAGCAGCCGGUUUUGCCGCCUGCCUGGGCUUUGUGCUGCUGAAGCUGGGAGCCGCCUGGCUGGCCCAGCGGGCCCCGUUCCAGCGACUCAAUGGCCACUUCUGGUCCAAGGUGUGUGACGUGCUGCAAUUCCACACGCCUGGGAAGGGGCCCCCCCGAGACCCCAGCCCACCCUGCCCCGCAGUCCCUUCCCUGCCGACAGCGCCCUGCCCGCCCCGCUCCUGGGGCCAGGACAGCAGGCCCCCUCCCCACGGCUGGGGUGCAGCAUCCAAGCAGAAUAAAGAGAUUUGCAUGGAAGAUUUCUGCACAUGCGUUACUGAAGGGGACGCGGUGCUGGGGGGGGAGGGGGGGGCUGUGCAGGGAGCAGGUCCUGGGGCUUAG